AUUAUUGAGUGUUUUAUUAGACAAAGAAUGAUUUUAACAAAAUUUAUAUUUUUAUUGCACAUUAAUUUAAUGCUAGGGUUACACUUUCAUAAUUUACAGUGCAAUUUUAUCAAGUAUAUGCUAAAUUUUUUUAAUCAUAAUAACCAAUAUUUAACUGAAAUUAGUGAAAACAUAAAAAAAUAUGAUGUGCAUAGUUUAAGAACAUAUGGAAACGCAAUAAAAACUCAUAGCGAAAUCGUAUUAAUAAUGUUAGAUGUGUUAAGGGAAGUUGAUAAAAAUGUUUACUCGAAAGAAUUAAUGUCACUCAAUUUAUACUUAAAUAAUGUUUCUGAAUAUGUAGAUUUUUAUGCUAAAAAUGACGACGGAAUAUUUGAUUUUUCAGAUCGAACUUCAAGUAUAUUAGAAGGAUACACGAUGAUUCAUGAUUUUUUUAUAGAUAAUUUUAAGUUGAUAAUAUCUAGUCAGUGUGAAAAGGUAAUAAAUGACGAAAUAUUUAUUUAUUGUCCAGAUUACAACGAAUUAAGAGAAUAUACUCCUGAAAAUUUUCAAUAUGUUGCUAAUAAACUUAAAAACCGACUGUUACAAACUAAUAAAGAACAAAAUGAUACCGAUGAUAAUGUAAAAAGUUUAAAACACAGUAAAGUGUAUUAUUAUUUUUAUAAAGCUAUUCUAAGAUCUGAAUAUUGGGAUUUUUUACCAAAAAAUUCACUAUUUUAUGACUUCAUGAUGAGUAAUUGCAAAAUUUCCGAAAAAAAUCUAAUGAUAAGUUCUCGGCUUGAACAAUAUUCAAUUUUAAAAAACGGAGAGAAUAUAAAUGGUUUGGAUAUGAUUCGAUUUGCACCACUCAUUAUAAAAUGUCCUGAUAAAAGUUAUUUGACUCUUUAUGACGUAUUUAGAUUCGUCAAAUAUACAUUUUAUAGAAAAGAUAUACAAGUAUUUCAUUCACUAAUAAUGGCAUCAACAUUUCGUCCUAUUGCAUUACUCGUAAGAAUCUUUAUAAAAAUUCUUAGUGGAUCAAUGUACGUUUAUAAUUUUAAUAGCGUAGAAGAAGAAUCUUUAAAAUUCUAUGAAAAUGUUAUUUCUGUUGGUAAAAUAAUAAUUGCUUGUUUUCAAAAUUUUGUCGAUUUAAAUCUCUUUGGUGGAGGUCCAACUCAUGUUUUUCUUACAUUUUUAUCAAAAACUUCUGAGUGUCUUUAUCAUUUUAUUAAUAAUAAUAAUACAGAACUCAUUUUAUCAACCGCUAAUUUGAUGAACUCAUUAAAAUUAUUUUUGAAUAAUCUCAAAAUUUACGUAUAUGAUCUACCUAAGUACUUUACAAAAGAUAUCGUCAAUAAUCUCUUUAAUGAAUUGGUUAUGAAGCUGAAACAAACUGAAGAACUAGUAUCAGAAUUAAAAAAUCAUUUUAAAUGUUUUCAAGUCAUCAAAAAAACUUUCAAAAUUGAGCCCAUACUAGAUUUAAAAUUGACGUAUAUUUUUAGUGCGUAUGUUACAGAUGAAUUAUGUCAAAAUGAAGGUAUUUACACAUUAUAUAAUAAAUUCAACAAUCUUAAUGUCAAUCAAAUCGACGAUGUCAAUGAAAAAAGUUCAGCCAAUGAUUAUGAAAAUAGAAACAAGAAUAUUACAAGGCAUCAAAAUCAUCCUGAGAAAUAUAUACAGAAUUAUGAUUUAUUCAAUUUAAACAAUUGUAAUCUAUUUUUUAAAUACUUGACUGAUUACAUAUUGUUCAUAUAAAUUAAUUAAAUUUUUAUAUUUAUAAAUGCAUUUUUAGAUUAUUAUUACAUUUAAAAUAUAUU